AUGUCUGACGACCGCUCAACCUCGCCCAUAUCUGUACCGUCUUCAUCGGGACGCCAGAGGCGGGCCUCCUUGGCCUCCUCUUUCACCGAUUAUCUUUCAAAGUCUGCAAACCCGGGGAGCACCUCAGGUUCAUCGACGGGCCCCAUGGCUAGUGCAGUAGCCAACGCGCAAUCCAACCAGGGCCGGAGGCUCUCGAUCACUACGCUGGGGCUCUCGGGCUCUCCGACUCAGACUUCUUCACUGGGAGGCAGAAACUUCCGACAAGGCAGUGUAUCCAGCUCUGCGGGAUCCAACUCGGCAAACUACGAGGAUGCGGUCACAGAAGAUGGCGAGAAUGGUUUCUCUGGUGCCACUCCAAAUUCCCCAUUCGCCCGCCGGGUCUCCUUUGGUGCACAUGCCUUGCGCGAUGCCCGCGCAGGAAGUAUUAGCAACGGUAAAUACCCCCCUUCAGAGCGAGCCCUUGCUGGCAGACGACGUCAAACCGCGUCCCCCGCCAGUGGCACCCCUUCUUCCGUCAAUGCGUGCACCGGGUCACUUGCUGCAAGUAUAGAUAAAGUUGCUUCUCAGAACGAAAGGUCUAACUCCUCUGGGCGACCCUUAGGCGAAGGCUUUAACUGGUCCGAAGCCCUUCGAAGUCGAGCUGAGCGUGCUCCCUCCUUUGGUGCCGUUUCUCCCAACGCGCCUUCAAAUCACCAUGCGGCCUACGGAGGCCAAUCUGCCCAUCACCAACGCGCGGCUUCAAUUGCCUCGAUGGAGCAGCCUGCUCGGGAGCUACCGAAGCAACCCCGGCAGAACAAGCCGGAUUUCUUCCAAGAGAAGAUUCUUCGCGGCGAUUUCAUGGAUUAG